AUGUCUCAAGCUUCUUCUUCCAAAAUUUGCAACUACGAUGUCUUUUUGAGUUUUAGAGGAGAAGACACACGUAGAACUUUUGUGAGUCAUCUACAUAAGGCUUUGGAACAAAGUGGAAUCUGCAUUUUUAAAGAUGAUGAGCAAUUAGAAACGGGAAAAUCAAUUUCUGAUGAACUUUUAAAAGUCAUUAAAGAGUCAAAAAUUGCUAUAGUGAUAUUUUCAGAAAGCUAUGCAUCGUCAAGAUGGUGCUUAGAGGAGCUUGCACACAUCAUAAAGUGUAAAAAUGAAUUGGAGCUGAUAGUGAUUCCAGUUUUCUAUGAUGUGACUCCAUCAGAUGUGCGCCAUCAAAAUCCCGCUUUUCAAUCUCUCUACCUUUUCAAGAUAGAGGUAAGGCAUGAAGCAGAAUUCAACAAGAAACUUGUGGAACAGGUAUUAGAGUUAGUAAACCCCACAUGCAUACACCUUCCAGGACUGGUAAUUGGGCCUAAUUCUCAUGCAGCGGGAGUGAUUUCUCUAUGUGAAUUCUACUCAUCAACUGGUGUCUGCAUGUUUGGGAUCUAUGGGAUGGGUGGCAUUGGUAAAACAGCUGUUGCCAAAGCCGUUUACAAUCAAAUCCACAGGGGGUAUGAAGGUUUCUCCUUUGUGGCUCACGUAAGAGAGCGCUCGGAAAAUAACAUGCUUCACAAUCUACAGGAACAACUUCUAUCUGAGGUUCUAAAAAGAGAGAACUUUAAAGUCCAAUAUAAUGUUGAUAAGGGAAAAUGCCAAAUCCAAGACAGACUUGGUCAGAGGAAGGUCCUCAUUGUUCUGGAUGAUGUCGAUGACAUGAGCCAGAUAAAAGCAUUGGCGGAAGAGAGAAGCUGGUUUGGUUCGGGGAGCACAAUAAUUAUAACAACAAGAAGUGAGCAUUUGCUAGAUGAUGUUGGAGUAGACUAUAAGUACGAGGUAACAAGGUUGGAUGAUUUCUCUUCCAGGCGACUCUUUUGCUUUCAUGCUUAUAAGAAUACUAAUGUACCCGAAAAUUUGGAUCAUGAGUUGGUGAAAGACAUAGCACGUCUAGGUGGAGGGGUUCCUUUAGCACUCGAAGUUUUGGGCUCUCUUUUGCAUAAAAAGGACGAUCAAACAUGGAGAAGUACCCUCGAGAGCUUGAAAAAUCUUGCUCAUCACAGCAGUAUUCACAAAGCACUCAAAGUAAGCUAUGACUCACUUGAUGAGAACUCUCAGGAGAUUUUCCUUGACAUCGCAUGCUUUUUCAUUGAAGCCCAGGAACUUUUUGCUAGUCUUGUAUUGACCGGUUGUGGUCGCUCUUUCAGCUUGGGGAAAGGAAUUUUGACCGGAAGAUGUUUAAUCAAAAUCGAACAGAAUCGUUUGUGGAUGCACGAUUUAGUUCGAGAUAUGGCUAGAGAAAUUGUUCGUCAAGAGUCACUUAAAGAGCCUCAUAUGUGCUCUAGAUUGUGGUUUCAUGAAGAUGUUAAUUAUGUGCUACGAAAGAACAAGGGUAGCAAUCUGAUAGAAGGCAUCAGCGCCAUCCAUCCCAAAGUGAAAGAUUUAACUGUCGAGACAAAGUCCUUUGCAAGAAUGGAUAGGUUGAAAAUAUUUCAAGCAAAAGGAAUGAAUAUUACUGGAAGCUUCAAAAAUUUGUUUGAGGACCUAAGAUGGCUAAGUUGGCAAAAUUUCCCUUUGAAAUGUUUACCUACUGAUAUUCAUCUAACCAAACUUGUGGCUCUGGACAUGCAAUAUAGCAACAUCGUGGAAGUUUGGCAAUCCACCAUCAAGCCCCUGGAAAACCUGGCAUAUCUAAAUCUCAGUCAUUGUCAACGACUAAAGCGAACUCCUGAUUUUUCAAGGGCGAUAAGUCUUGAGACAAUAUUGUUUACAGGUUGCUCCGAGUUGGUUGAGAUUGAUUCAUCAAUAAAAUAUUUGGUGAAACUUGUUUACUUAAAUCUGGAAGACUGUGUAAGCCUCAAGAAUCUACCAAGCAGCAUUUGCAAGCUAGAAUCACUUCAACAUCUAAAUAUGUCAGGUUGCUCGGGUCUACAACAACUGCCUGCUGAUUUGGGACACUUGAAAAACCUAAGAAGCUUAUCAUUACAAGGAUGCAACAGAAGUUUAAAGGCUCAAUCUUGGCUGACUUCUAUUUUAUCUUAUGUACCAUGGGCAGGAAGUAGUUCAUCGUGUCCAGAGAGGUUGUUGCCACAUUCCCUUUCCCGUUUAAGUCACUUGACGGUGCUCAAUCUCAACGAUAAUCUGAGUGUAAAAAGCCCCACAAAUAAUAACCGAAGAACUCAAAGAACAAAGCAAUUAUAA